AUGCACGUGGCACGAUGCAUCCUCAACCCCGCCAACCAAUCGGAGGACAUACUUGGUGGGAAUGCCGAAUGGACUAGGAUAUUUAAGGCCUUCAUCUCCAACCAUGCGAAGUUCCUGAGCAGCAGCCGUCGGAAGGAGGGGGAUGAUGAGUGCGACUACUUGCUCACCUUGGGGGACCAGUUGAGGUCUUCCCUUGAUCUCAAAGGGAGUUUUGGGAUGGCUGACGCUAUUGCACAGAGGGAGAAGGUAAAGGCGGGCACUUACAGCAUGGUUACAUGGAACAGGGCAGAUGCGCCCCAGCUGACGGCGCUCGCCGUAAGGGUUCUCUCGCAACCCGUCUCAGCUUCUCCUUGUGAGCGUGGUUGGGCAGGGUGGGAAUCAGUCCACACUGCCCGCCGGAACCAUGUUGAAUCCGCCAAAUGCACGGAUUUGGUGUACGUUGCACACAACUGGAACGUUGUGCGCAACUGGCACACGCGUGAUGAUGUGAUGCCCUCAAUCGUUCGCGGGAAUGAGGUGGAGCCGCCCAUCCCCGCUGGCUACAAGGUCGCGGAUGAGAUGGAGGAAGGUGAUGACGAAGUCUUGGCGGACGAGUUUGAGAAGCAACUCUCAUCCAACCUUCUCCCGUCACUUGCCCCUCCCCCCUUCAGCGAAAUCUCUCACAACUACCUUACCGGCCGCGCACUGAAGCCUCUAGCUGCGCGCACCCUGGAUCUCUCCAGCAACUUCCUCUCGGGCCCUCUGCCCAACGGGGCAUGCCAACCUCUUUCUUUUGAUGCCAACUGCUUCACGCUGCCACUGGGCUCUGCCUUGGUGCCGCAGCGGCAGGAGGCAGCAUGCAAUGCAUUCUGUGGCGUCUCUUCUGUAGCUGGUGGUGCUGCUGCGUGUGGUGGACAUGGGGUGUGCUAUCCACAGGGGCCUAGCUUGGCACCCACAUGUCUGUGUGAUGCAGGAUUCGUGCGAUCUAGAGACAUCGGCUGUGUUGCUCAAGGCCAAAACAGGAGUUACUCUAGCAGCCAGCUGAUUCUCCCACCAGCUUCUGCGCUCACCAAAGGGACACAGCGGGAGACGAGGGGGAGCUUCACGGCAGCGCCAGUGACGCUGUUUGUGUAUGAGGCAGGGCAGGCGCUGUCAGGGUGUGGGCUGCAACUCGCCUUCCAUGCCAACUUCAGCUUCUCCCUCUUUCCUCAAUCCGGUCGCGUUGGCUUCAACGGCUUUGCCUUUGUUGUCUCGGCAACCGACCGGGUGGGGAGAGGCACCGGUGUGGGGUAUGGGGGAAUGGACAAGCGGAGUGUGGCAGUUGAGUUUGACACUCGUCACACGUACUCCAGAAAAGGUACGACCUAUGGCCUGCAGCUAUUAACAAACACGUACAUGCCAGCAUGGGCCAGCCCCUUCCCGCGCUACGUGAGUGCGGACUACCGAGUGGCGCCCAGCAAGCAGGACUCGUGGGUUGUCAGCGACUUCCACUCCUGGGACUCCGUGCCCUUUCUCGGCUGGCCCGUCAAGGACCAGAAGGACUGCAAUGCUUGCUGGGCGUUUGCGCUGGUGGCGAGUGUGGAAGCGGCAUACGGCAUUGCAACGAAUGGAGAGGCGCCGCAGCUGUCAGUAGAGUCGCUCUUUGCAGCCAUGGGGCUCACUUCCAAGGUUGACAAGUGCAGCACGGGGGGCUCCCCCAACGAGGCAUUGGAAACUCUUCUCACGCUGCCCAAUGGCGGAAUCACAGAGGCUGGCGCACCUGUGAGUAGUGUGGUGCAAGAGCAGAAGACCUUCAAGUACCAGGAUCCUUGCUGCUACACCGGCAGACUGAACCACGUUGUACUCGUUGUUAGCUACUUCGUCUUCAGAAAUGACGGCAGCCAAAAUCGCAUUGCACCCCCAUUUUGGAUUAUCCGCAACUCGUGGGGAGUGGAGUGGGGUGACAGAGGCCACAUGCGUAUGGACAUUCAGGGAGGUGAUGGCGUGUGUGGCAUCAACGUGCUGCCUGGCAUCUACCCCAUUGUCAAGAUGGACGUGUGUGGGUCUGACUUGAAGAGCCCCUGCUAUGUGGGCACAUGCAUCAACGACGGCAAGGGCUCCUACUCUUGCAUCUGCCCUCCCAACUACGUUGAAAGCACAAUCAUUGACAGCUUCCCCACCUGCGACCCUGGUGCUGCUCUUUGGCCUUCCAACACCACGGCCAGCACCUUGGCAGUGAGUGGAAGCAAUUGGUCGUGCUCUGAUGUCCUCCCUCUUGUGGGCCUCUCACUUGCACAAUUCACGCAGAAUAAUCCGAGCGACACAUGCUGGUCCAUCAGCACGCAGCUGGGCCUCACCAACAGCAACCUCACUGCUCUCAAUCCUGGGCUCGACUGCUUUGAGCCCAUCAAGGCGAGUCGCUCUCUGUGUGUCGAACGCAAUGCCACCUUCGCUUUCACGGUCCCUCAGUGCUCGCAAUACGGCAUGCUCACACCACAGGACACCUGCGAGCGCCUGCUGCGGCAGGUGGCGGGGAGUGAGGGCGACCCAACAGGGGCAGGGGAGGUGAAUGCCAUGCGCUGGGCUGAGCUGUACCGCAACAAUUCCGGCCUCAUCUGCUCCGAUGUCAUCCCGAUCACCGCCUCUGCUGUUGGAAGCAACACCGGCGUGCAGGUGAGUGGUGGAGGGUAG